UCGUCAUUUCUCCUUCUGCUGCGCUUCUUUGCCUCCUCUGUCAUUUCCCUUCAUUUUCUCCUCCUCCUUCGUUUUAUUUUCAUUCGUCAUCUUCGACAUGUUCUUCACGUGAAGUCCGACAACUUGCAGAGCCCGUGGAUGCCGAGUCAAAUCAAAAGGACAGGCAAAUGCUCUAUCGGGGAAUAAGAGAAGGAAACACGCAGGUUUGCAUCUUACACUGAGUGCCUUGGCUUGAAGGGAGCAACAGUAUGGAUCUGUCAUUCAUGGCUGCGCAGAUCCCAGUUAUGACGGGAGCUUUCAUGGACUCCUCGCCCAAUGACGACUACAGCGGCGAGCACUCGCUCUUCAACUCCUCGGCCAGUGUCCACGCUGCUGCCUCGGCUGCAUCGGUACACGGCCAGCAGGAUGAGUCGCAGUCCAUGUCCAGUGAUGCCAUCUGGCUCUGGAUCGCCAUCAUCGCCACUAUUGGAAACAUUGUUGUGGUGGGCAUUGUCUACGCCUGCACUUUCUGAUGAACAUAUGCUUACGGAGACAAACACACACACGCACACGUCCUGCUUUUUCUGGAUCUCUGGACCCCCAAGUAAAGCCAUGCUUUGUAGACAGAAACAUAUACUCCCUCUCUAUGUCUCUCUCUCUCUUUCUCUGUCUCUCUCUCGCUCGGCUUUUGGAUCAGUUUUGGCUCCCGAGGGUGUGGAAGUCGUGAUACUAGACAAUGACAUAUAGAGUACUAUAUUUCUUCAUCAGAAGGAAAAACUGUGACUUGGCUACAGUUGUCGGCACCAAGUGAUUUUGGAUUCUACAACAGAAAGUUUGAGAGGAAGCUUUUGUGUGUAACAGCUCUUUAGUUAAAAACAGAAACAACAGAUCUGCUCUGUCAACCAAGAAUCAAAGGAACUUCUUUUUUUUUUAGCUUAAGUUUGUUUCCGUGUUUCUCCUCAGACAACACCCUCACUUGUAAUGCAGAGAUGAAAAUAGAGAUUAAAUGGGGUUUAAGAGUCAGGUCAAUCCAGGCCAUUUUAAACAUUCACCAGAUUGCUGCCAAGUAAUUUAGGGCAGUGCUGUUUAAUUAAGUGACUGAACAGAGAUGGUGAAUGUUAAAACAUUUAGAAAGCACUGGGAUUAUUUUCAUGUCAGGCAGCCCUGAGGCCCAGGACGUGAGAGCUCAUUUAAGGACUAAUUUCUGGAUGAAACAUAGUGUGGACACUGAUCAGAUGUUGUUUUUUUUUGUUUUUUUAACAAUUUUACUGGCAGGAAACAGAGAAUAUGACACUGACUGAGCUUCCUUUGCUGCACACUGAAAAUCUCAUAAAAAUGACAGAAUGACCUUAUGAUUAGACUUUGUGUUAAACUAAGUCAGCCCCUUUGAAAUGAAUGGUGUUUUUGUCAAAUACCGACAGUAAUAUCUACCAGGGAUUAUAAUGAAAUCUAAUUGUAUUGUCAUGGUUUGUUCAUUUAUGUUAAGAUAUAUCAUCAGAUGUUAACAAAAUAGAAUUAGAAGCACAAAUUGAAUCGCAAGAUGACGUAGCCUACUUUGCUUAUUGCACCUAAUUAUUUUUGUAGUUGUUUAUUAAAGGAAAAUUCUUAAAGGAAGU